AAAGAUGGUGAAGCCACUCCUAUUUACAAUAAUGCGCUACUUUGAUGUUGUGAGUGUGGAUAGAGAGUACGAAGAGAAGACUGUACUGCUUAGGGUACUGCCAAGAUGUCAACUUGACAAACCUGUCUAUCUUGUCCGUCUGGGUUUGUGUCAUAGCUGAACACGCCUCUGUGUCUUUCCUGGCCUCCAUCGGACGUGUGCAUAUCUUUCAAACAGAAAUAAAACCACCACUUACCUGGAAGUUAAACAAAAAUAGCUGGAUUUAGAUGAUAUGAAAGUAUCGUCAUUUCGAAGUCUGUGAGGAAUAUCAACGACAGUGAGGUGUUUGGGGAUUAACUGAAGGCAUGAAGAAUUGAAAAAUGGAUCUACCAUACUUCACGAUUUGAUGGAAUUUUACCUUUGGCAUUGGACAAAAAUUGAAUGUUGUGUGUUUGUGAGUAUGUGUGUAGUAUUGUCUUAAUUAGUUUGGAUGGCAUGUCUGAUAUAAUCUAAUCUUUCAUUUUCAAUGUGUGUAAAUGGCGGAGGCUAACUCUGUAUCGGACACUCAGGUCUUAUUGCAGUCCAUGCUUCAAAGGCUGAAGCUUCAACCAAAACCUGACAGCAAUAGCACACACACACACGAUGAAUUACAGUAUAGUACAACAUUAAUAGAGCAAAAUGGCAGUGCUGCUGAGAGCCCACCUCAAACCCCGCCAAUGUACAAUUUAAAUUUUUCUAUGGACAGCAAAUCUAUUGUGGUCGGACCAUUGAGUCCAGGAUUGACUGGUGUAGCAACGUCUCCUUCGCAAGAAUUUGCCAAAGGAAUUGAUGUUCACAAUUCAGGAAUGUCAUCUCCACCAAAACAGAGAACGCUAAACUGGGGGUUUAUGAGCAACCACACUGUAUCAGGAGGGAACAGCAAUGUCAGUACACGCUCAGAUGAUGGUGUGAUGCCCAAGCAGGCCAGGAAGCAAAAAUUCUCUCUGACAAAAAUGAAUGAUGGCAGUGUCUCAUCUCUACAAAGCAUUGAAAGCUUGUUGCCCUCAACACACUCAUCAGGCUUUACGGAAUCAAACGUCCAAGGUCAGGGGGUUGGACAGAAGAGAUGGACCCAGAAGGUGAAGGAAAAAUGGAAGGAGAGACACAAAAGCGUACCCAGAAGAGAACAAGAUGUCAGAGAGAGACAAGACCACAGCAAAGUGUCAAAUAGCAUCAGGUCUCCAAUUCCCGUCCAAACUAUGCCCAAUGAAAACAACACAACUACAGCAUUCAAUGAGGAAGUUAGAGUCCAGCACCAGCCAAUCAACAGUGGUCCAGUCAAAGGCAUUCCCAGUCCACCUGAUCACAUGAGUGAGACCUUAUUUUCACCGGGUUUAUUUAACCUGAUGGAAGAGAUUUUCACUGGUGAGGAGUGGGCCAAGUUCCUCCCAUCCACCACCAGCAGCCAAUCAACGUCCGGUUCCAUCACACAAGAACAAGAAAUGGGAUUAACAAACAGUAUUAGCCAGUCACGUCAAAAUGAGCAACACACGCUCAACCAGUGGUUUUACAGAGGGGCCACAGGCCCUAAUUUGGGAAUGAUACAAUCACAAAUGAACUCUGAAAGUUUUCACAACAUGAACACUACUGAGUACAUGUUUAACCAAAGAAAGACUCCUAUGUCUGAGUUACACAACGGUCAGAAUGGACUGUCUGAUUCAGGACCAAACCAUUUGGAGAGCAUGGAUCUGAGUGCCGACCCGUUGGGGAACAAUCAUCCAAUCAAACAACAAGUACACAUUUAUCCAUGUAAUCAAUCACACACUAUAGAACUAAAUGUAAAUCCGUUGUUAUCCAGUGAGGAAGGUGUGAAUCAGUCGCAAGCAACGGAAAUAAACCACAGCCAACCAGGAAGUGUGCAUGAGUAUCUCCCCGUAUUGGAUUUAUCAUAUCUUCAGUCCAAAGACAGUCCCUCUCCGAGGAAGCAAGUAAAUCUGAGCCGUAAACGAAGCCACUCGACAGAGAGAAGAGACUCAAACGAACGAUGGAGAUCCGAAACUGGAGAAAUGCACGAGUGGAGACAUAAUUCCUCCCCUUCAGAUCCAGCAAUAAGUCUUUCCCCUGCCUCCUCCACCUCCUCUCUCCAGCACUCUUUUUCCCAGGAUUUGGAGUCGUCGGUGUCUACAGAAACUGUGAUCAAAAAGAGGAGGGUGGAGAACAUACGUCGUGUGCGAUUUGCAGAAGAGGUGACCUUUGUACCACCCCUUGUUCUGUCCGACGAUGAUGGCGAUGCCGAUGAUGAGGAUUACGGUCAGAACGUCACUGACGACAACGAUGACGGUGGAGAAGAGUUGCCGUCUCGCCCGUCCGCUCCCAGAUGGAUUGAGGCACUCAGGAGUAAGACGAAGACGAAGCCCAAACUUAAACUUCCACGCAUGAGGACUAAGAAAUAUCGUUUUGUGUGACAUAGCAAAAACUACAAACACUACCUUCUACUGAAUAACACUGUAAUUCCAACAUACUUCUGUAAUAAGUUAUGUAAAGAAAACUUUAUCGCAAUCCAUUCUAAAGUGAUCAUGACCUCCAAAGUGAGAAGCAUAUGUAUAUAUAUAUGUGUGUGUGAGAGUAAAGUUAGAUAUAAUCUAGUUAGAUAUAAAUUUAUCUAACUAGAUUAAUGCUUAUAGUUUUAAAAUCAAACAGUUGUGUGAAUAUACAUGCAGUUCAUUAGGAACACCAGUUCAACUGCAAAUUCAAGUAAUUAUCCAGUCAGCCAAUCAGGUAUCAGCAGCGCAAUGCAUAAUCAAAAUAAAGCAGGUCAAGCGCUUCAGUUGAUCUUCACACCAAACAUCAGGAUGGGGGAAAUAUGUGAUCUCACUCACUUUGACGUGGUUGUUGGUGCCAGAUCGGCUGGUUUGAGUAUUCCAGAACCCGCUGAUCUCCUGGGAUUUUCACACCCAUCAAUCUCUAGAGUUUAUACAGAAUGGUGCGAAAAAAACAACAAGAAUGGUUAGACUGGUCUGAGCUGACAGGAAGGCUACGGUAACUCAAAGAAGCACUGUUUUACAACCGUGGUGAGCAGAAAAGCAUCUCAGAACGCACAAUACAUCAAACCUUGCGGCAGAUGGGCUACAUCAGCGGAAGGCAACAUCAGGUUCCACUCCUGUCAGCUGAGAACAGGAAUCUGAAGCUACAGUGGAAAACUGGACAGUCAAAAAUGUCACCUGGUCUCAUUAACAACCAUGCAAGGGUCCAAGUCAAUGAGAUGACAUUUUUCUCCAUUCUGAUGUUUGAUGUGAACAUUAACUGAAGAUUAUCUGUAUCUGAUCUGAUUUUGUGCAUUGUGCUGCUGACACAUGAUUGGCUGCAUAAUUGCAUGGAUAAUUGCAAGAAUGUGCAGGCGUACUGGCGUUCCUACUCUUGUCCAUGCCUACAGGAGUCACAGAUUUUAAUGUUUUGUACCUGCACUCAACCUAAUUUUGGCCAGCUGCCAAAAAAACAACAACCUACCAGUUGCCA